AUGGGGAUGCAACCUCGGUCCGGAUCGCACGCCAACGGCACCAACGGCACAAAUGGCACAAAUGGCACCAAUGGCAACAAUGGCACCAACGACGUCGCCCCGGCUGUUCAACGACGGAAGCAACCCCUAGAUCUCGAAGAAAUAUUGAAGAAGAAGAAGGCCGCAGAUGAAGCUGCAGCGAAGCCCCGAUUCAUCCCCAAGGCCGAGCGGGAACGCCUAGCCGCAGAGAAGAAGGAGGAGGGAGAAAAGAAGCGAAAAGCAGCUGAAGUAAGGCCAAGCAAACCAACAACAGCGCCAGAACCUCCGUACAGACGAGACCGUGAGCGCGACCGCGAUCGCGAUGCACGGGCUGUUCCGACAGGCCCAAGGGCUAUGCGCCAGAACGAUCGGCGCGAGGUGAAUGGCAACCAGAACGAUACGCGCGAGAGGACAGGCAAAAAGGGGUCAGCAGGAGAAAAGAGAGCCGCCCCGGAAGAAACCGACGCCGCCAUCAUGCGAGCAAGGUAUAUGGGACCGGAACUGAACCAGUCGACAUUCUCAGCCAAGAAGAAGCGCAGAAGGACUACAGAGAAGAAGUUCAACUUCGAAUGGGACCCCGAUGAGGACACCAGUCGAGACCACGACCCUAUAUAUUCCGAGAGGAUCGAGCCAACUUGGAAACUGGCUGGACAUGGCGAUGAGAUGGCGGAGGAGAAUGCUCGAAGGGCUGCCAGAUCACUCAUCGAGCGAGACCCCGAGAACGGCGUGGCGCGCGCUCAGGAGCUUCUGGAAAUGGCCAGGCGUGCGAAGGAGAGGUCUAAUCGCAACGCAUUAGGCAAACACUGGUCGGAGAAGAAACUGGAAGAUAUGCGCGAGCGAGACUGGCGCAUCUUCAAAGAGGAUUUCGGUAUAUCAACCAAGGGCGGACUCAUCCCGCACCCCAUGCGAAAUUGGGAGGAGUCAGGACUCCCUCGACGACUACUGGAUAUCAUUGCCAGCGUUGGAUACGAAGAGCCCAGUGCCGUCCAGCGGGCCGCAAUUCCCGUCGCUCUACAGGCGCGAGACAUUAUUGGAGUUGCUGUUACAGGUUCCGGGAAGACAGCUGCCUUUCUCCUGCCCCUGUUGGUGUAUAUCUCUGAGCUGCCUCCCUUGACCGAGGCAACAAACAACGAUGGGCCAUAUUCCCUCAUCAUCGCACCAACUCGAGAAUUGGUUCAACAAAUCGAGUCGGAGGCAAGAAAGUUUGCAACGCCGCUUGGCUUCACCGUUGUCAGUCUCGUCGGUGGCCACUCGCUCGAAGAGCAAGCCUACGCCCUGCGAAAUGGCGCUGAGAUCAUCGUUGCUACGCCUGGUCGGUUGGUGGACUGUAUCGAACGUCGACUGCUUGUCUUGUCACAGUGCUGCUACAUCAUUAUGGACGAAGCUGACCGCAUGGUCGACAUGGGUUUUGAGGAACCCGUGAACAAGAUAUUGGACGCUCUCCCCGUUACCAAUGAGAAGCCGGACACUGAAGAGGCCGAAGACGCGCAACUGAUGAGUAGACCUUUGGGCGGAAAGGACCGCUAUAGACAGACAAUGAUGUACACAGCUACAAUGCCGGCAGCCGUGGAGAAGAUCGCCAAGAAAUAUCUGCGGAGACCUGCCACUAUCACCAUUGGUAACGCUGGCGAGGCAGUCGAAACGGUUGAGCAACGGGUUGAAUUUGUCAGUGGCGAAGACCGCCGGAAGAAGCGUCUGCAGGAGAUCCUGUCGUCGAACGAAUUCGCUCCCCCUAUCAUCGUCUUCGUCAACAUCAAGCGCAACUGCGACGCGGUGGCUCGAGAGAUCAAGCACAUGGGCUUCUCAUCCGUCACACUCCACGGAAGCAAGACUCAGGAACAGAGAGAACAGGCCCUGCUGUCAGUCCGCAACGGCCAGACGGACGUUCUAGUGGCCACAGACCUUGCUGGUCGUGGUAUCGAUGUCCCGGACGUCUCGCUCGUCGUCAACUUCAACAUGGCGCUCAGCAUCGAGAGCUACACCCAUCGUAUCGGUCGUACAGGUCGUGCCGGCAAGAGCGGUGUGGCUAUCUCGUUUCUGGGCAACGAGGACGCCGACGUCAUGUAUGACCUCAAGCAGAUGCUGUCCAAGAGCUCGAUUUCUAGGGUCCCGGAGGAAUUACGGCGUCACGAGGCAGCACAGCAGAAGCCAACGAAGGGCGGAGGAGGCAAGAAGAUCGAGGAAAGCAGUGGUUUUGGUGGAAAGGGGGGCUGGAGUUAG